AUGAAGAUGAAUACGUUUUUCAACAAAUCCUUUCUCCUACUUUGCCAUGUAAUCUUGUUAGUGUCUGCUGGAGGAAGUUCUGAAAUGAUGAAGAAAAUGAUGGGAGGAAAAAUGAUGGGAAUGCCAGCAAUGCCGAAAUCUAUGGAAGGUAUGUCUGCUGGUAUGAUGAUGUCCAUGUCUAAUCCAAUGAUGCCAAUGGGAGCAAUGCCAAUGGGUAGUAUGCCGGUGAGCAUGGGAAUGAAGCCAAUGGGCGGUAUGGGAGGAAUGCCUGCUGGUGGAAAUCCUUCUGGAAUGAAACCUGCAGGUCCGGCUCCUGACGAAAUGGAAGGAAUGGGUGCAGGCGAAGAGGCUGGAGCAGCAGCUAGUGCCCAGAAAGGAGGCAGCAUGACGAACAAUGUCAUGAUGAUGAUGGCUCCAAUGGGCGGCGGCAUGGGUGGAAUGGGCAUGAUGCCAGGGGCAAUGUCUCCGAUGAUGAAAUACAUGAUGAAAAAUAGGAUGAUGAUGAUGGGCGGUAUGGCAAUGAGACCCAUGGGAAGUAUGUCCAUGGGUGGCAUGAAACCGAUGUACAUGAAACCUACCGGAGGUAUGCCAAUGGGAGGUAUGAUGUCAGGUAUGCCAAUGGGUGGCAUGAAACCGAUGGGCAUGAAACCUACCGGAGGUAUGCCAAUGGGAGGUAUGCCAAUGGGUGGCAUGAAACCGAUGUACAUGAAACCUACCGGAGAUAUGCCAAUGGGAGGUAUGCCAAUGGGAGGUAUGCCGAAGGGAGGUAUGCCAAUGGGUGGCAUGAAAUCGAUGGGAGGUAUGCCAAUGGGAGGUAUGCCAAUGGGUGGCAUGAAGUCGAUGGGAGGUAUGCCAAUGGGUGGCAUGAAACCGAUGGGCAUGAAACCUAUGGGAGGUAUGUCAGGUAUGCCUAUGGGUGGAAUGAAACCGAUGGGUAUGAAACCUAUGGAAGGUAUGAUGUCAGGUAUGCCUAGUGGUGGAAUGAAACCAAUGGGCAUGAAACCUAUGGGAGGUAUGAUGGGUGGUAUGCCAAUGGAAGGAAUGAUGGGUGGUAUGCCAAUGGGAGGAAUGAUGGGUGGUAUGCCUAUGGAAGGAAUGAAACCUAUGGGUAUGAAACCUAUGGGAGGUAUGAUGUCAGGUAUGCCUAUGGGUGGAAUGGAACCAAUGGGCAUGAAACCUAUGGGAGGUAUGAUGUCAGUUAUGCCUAUGGGUGGCAUGAAACCGAUGGGCAUGAAACCUAUGGGAGGUAUGAUGUCAGGUAUGCCUAUGGGUGGAAUGAAGCCGAUGGGCAUGAAACCUAUGGAAGGUAUGAUGGGUGGUAUGCCUAUGGAAGGAAUGAAACCGAUGGGUAUGAAACCUAUGGGAGGUAUGAUGGGUGGAAUGCCAAUGGAAGGAAUGAUGGGUGGUAUGCCAAUGGGAGGAAUGAUGGGUGGUAUGCCUAUGGGUGGAAUGAAACCGAUGGGUAUGAAACCUAUGGGAGGUAUGAUGGGUGGUAUGCCAAUGGAAGGAAUGAUGGGUGGUAUGCCGAUGGGAGGAAUGAUGGGUGGUAUGCCUAUGGAAGGAAUGAUGGGUGGUAUGCCUAUGGAAGGUAUGCCUAUGGGAGGUAUGAAAUCAAGUGGUAUGGAACCUAUGAAAGGCAUGAUGGGUGGUAUGCCUAAGGAAGGUAUGAAACCUAUGUCACCCAUGCCGUCGAAUUCGAAACUCUCAAAAAAAAGGACAUCGCCAUCUGUCAAACUAAGUAAAAAGUGGAAUCCAUCAGACUUGUACACUCUUUGCCAAGACCUAUUACUCCACGCCCGACGAUCACGUGCCCAUGACAAUGCCGCUUGUUUGACCCUUCAAGUCAACACAGGACGUUUUACUGGUCAGUGCUUCUGUCGGUCACCGCCUAACACGAACCUUAACGAUCUACUGUCCUCUACCCUGUUGGCAGUUGUGAAUGAUGCUCGCCUUGCCUGUCUAAACAGAAGAAUUUGA